AUAAUCUCUUAUCAGUGACGUUCGUAACUUCAGUUUUUAAUAGUAAAUAUUAGACCCACGAGGCUAACUGUAUAUUUUUAUUUUUGACUUAAUACCAUAUCAUCUCUUAAAUUUUUAAUUAUUCUUCAAUUCUAUUUGCUAAAAAAUGGGUGUUAUACAACGAGUAGCAAAACCUAGAACAAAAAGAGGAAAACGAGUUUUAUUGAAAAGAGAACCUAAAGUAAUAGAAAAUGUAAAGCAAUGUAUUUUUAUACCGGGUCGGAAAGUUUCACAAACAUCCAAAAAUUGUUUAGUAGAUUUGUUAAAACUAAAGAAACCAGAUGCUGUUAUGUUGACUCAAAAAAAUGAUAUUUUGCCUUUUGAUGAUACUGUACAAAUUGAAAAGCUAUUACAGAAACAUGAUGCAUCAUUAUUCUUUUUUUCAUCUCAUAAUAAAAAAAGGCCAAACAAUAUAGUUUUAGGUCGUACCUAUGAUCAGCACGUUUUAGACAUGUUUGAAUUAGGAAUAGAAUCCUAUAAAAGUUGUACAGAAUUCAAAGGUUUAUCUGAGAUUACAGCUGGAGUUAAGCCUGUUUUAGUAUUCUUAGGUGAUCAAUUUGAUAGUGAUCAACAACUUAAACGUUUACGGAAUUUACUAGUAGACAUGUUUCAACGACAACAACUUAAACAGAUUAGACCAAAUGGUGUUCAAUUAGUUCUUUCAUUUACUGCUGUAGAUAAUAAAGUUUUAUUGCGCUCAUAUAGAUCAACUCUUUCAAAAACUAGUAUAAAAACACCUAGAGUUGAAUUGAAUGAAGUUGGACCAUCUGUAGAUUUUGUUUUGAGAAGAGAUCUUAUGGCUAGUGCAGAUCUAUUUAAAACUGCCUGCAAACGAAUUUCACUAAAAGGUAAAAAAAUUAAGGGUGUACGGCGAGAUAACUUUGGUUCUAAAUUAGGUCGUUUACAUAUGACAAAACAAGAUGUAAACAAACUUCAAACUAGAAAAAUGAAAGGUCUUAAAAAAACAUUUGCUGAAAAGAAAAUGAAAAGGAUGGCCAGUGAAGAAAAUAAUGACCUAGCUAUUAAAAAAUCUAGAGAUAAUCUUAAAGCAUCACCUGGUAAAAAAUUAAAGAAGUUCAGCAAAAAAGGAAGAAAAUUAAGAGGCGGACAAGUAUAAACUUAUAAGUUGCUAUAUUAUAAUCUUUAUUGGUCAAAAUAAACAAAAUGUUUGGAUAUAAUAAAAAUGUUCAAAAAUAAA